AUGAGUACAGCAACCCAAACUAUCACUGCAUCUCCAUCAACAUCAACAUCAACCAAUAUAGAACAACAACAACAAUCACCUCAAAAACAACAACAACAACAACAACAACAACAACAACAACAACAACAACAACAACAACAACAACAACAACAACAACAACAACAACAACAACAACAACAAUCACAACACCACCAACAGGAGCAUUCUUUCAACCAUUCAUUGGCAAUCGCGUUAAACCAACAUACCCAUUAA